AUGUUUCCCUGUAUGGAGUGUGGGAAGUGUUUUGUCCAAAAAUCAGGAUUAGAUAAACACCAAAUAUCCCACAGAGGUGAGAAGCCGUAUUCCUGCCCUGAGUGCGGGAAAUGUUAUCCUUGGAAAUCAGCACUUGUCAGACAUCAAACGUCUCACACGGGCGAGAAGCCGUAUAACUGUACUGAGUGUGGGAAAUGUUUCCCAUUGAAAUCAGCUCUUGUCAGGCAUCUAAGAUCUCACACAGGGGAGAAGCCUUAUUCCUGCUCUGAGUGUGGGGAAAGUUUUCUGUGGCAGACCCAACUUAUCAGACAUCAAAUAAGUCAUACGAGCAAGAUAUCCUAUUCCUGUCCUGAGUGCGGGAAAUGUUGUGCAUUGAAAUCAGAACUUGUCAGACAUCAGAGGACUCACACGGGGGAGAAGCCGUAUUCCUGUCCUGAGUGCGGAAAAUGUUAUUCACGGAAGUCCCAUCUUUCUGAACAUCAGAGAUGUCACACAGGGGAGAAGCGGUAUUCCUGUCCUGAGUGUGGGAAGUGUUUUUUACAUAAACCAAAUCUUGCUGCACAUCAGAGGUCUCACACAGGUGAGAAGCCGUACUCCUGUCCUGAGUGUGGGAAAUGUUAUCCGCUGAAAUCAACACUUGACAGACAUCAAAAAUGUCACACGGGGGACAAGCCGUAUUUGUGUCCCGAGUGUGGGAAAAGUUAUCCACGGAAAUCGGAACUUGCCACUCAUCAAAGAUCUCACACGGGGGAGAAGCCGUAUGCCUGCCCCGACUGUGGACAGUGUUACAUGCUGAAAUCAGCACUUGUCAGACAUCAAAGAUCUCACACAGGGGUGAAGCCCUAUCCCUGCCCCGAGUGCGGGAAAGGUUUUUCAGAGAAGUCCUAUCUCGCCAGACAUCAGCUAUGUCAUACAGGGGAAAAGCCGCAUUCCUGCACCGAGUGCGGGAAAUGUUUUGUACAUAAAUCGGAUCUCACUAAACAUGAGAGAUGCCACACAGGCGAGAAGCCGUAUUCCUGCCCCCAGUGUGGAAAAAGCUUCUCUGAACAGUCCAAUCUUACCAAACAUCAGAGAACCCACACCACUCAAAAAAUAUUUUCCUGUCCUGAGUGUGGAAAAUGUUUUUGCAGAGAAUCAGAAUUUGAAAAACACCAAAUAUCUCACAGGGGGGAGAAGCCGUAUUCCUGUCCCGAGUGCGGGAAAUGCUACCCACGGAAAUCUGCACUUGUCAGGCAUCUAAGAUCUCACACAGGGGAGAAGCCGUAUUCCUGUACUGUGUGCGGGAAAUGUUACCCGUGGAAAUCUGCUCUUGUCAGGCAUCAGAGGUCUCACACUGGAGAGAAGCUGUAUUCCUGCUCGGAUUGUGGUAAAUGUUUUCUGUGGCAAUCCCAACUCAUUAGACACCAAAUAAAUCAUACGGGCAAGAUGCCGUAUUCCUGUCCUGAGUGCGGGAAAUGUUUCCCAUUGAAAUCGGCACUUGUCAGGCAUGAAAGGACUCACACAGGUGAGAAGCCGUAUUCCUGUUCUGAAUGCGGGAAAUGUUUUUCGCGGAUGUUUUAUCUUUCUGAACAUCAGAGAUGUCAUACCGGGGAAAAGCCGUUUUCCUGUACUGAAUGCGGGAAACGUUUUCUACGCAAACCAGAUCUCGCUGCACACCAGAGGUCUCACACGGGGGAGAAGCCGUAUUCCUGUCCCGAGUGCGGGAAAUGUUUUUCACAGAAGUCCCAUCUUUCUGUACAUCUGAGAUGCCACUCGGGUAUGAAGCCUUAUUCCUGCCCCGAGUGCAAGAAAAGCUAUCCACGAAAAUCAGAACUCGCCGCACAUCAAAGAUCUCACACAGGAGAGAAGCCGUACGCCUGCCCUGAGUGCGGGCAAUGCUAUUCGCUGAAAUCAACCCUUGUCAGACAUCAGAGAUCUCACAGAGGAGAGAAGCCGUACUCCUGCACAGAGUGCGGGAAAUGUUUUUCUGAGAAGUCUUAUCUUUCAGUUCAUCAGCUAUGUCACACAGGGGAAAAGCCGUAUCCCUGCUCCGAGUGCGAGAAAUGUUUUGUACGUAAAUCAGAUCUGGCUAAACAUCAGAGAUGCCACACGGGGGAGAAGCCGUAUUCCUGCCCCAAGUGCGGGAAGUGUUUUUCACAACAGUGCAGUCUUGCCAAACACCAGAGAACCCCACACAACCUUUUUCUCACCAUAGAGAGUGGUAAUCGUCACCCAACAGGACCUCCUCCAUUCCAACACACGUCGGCCUACUAUACGUUCUCGGAGAAGCUGAGGAUGUGGACAGCACCACAACCGGGUGAAGACCUGAGAGACUUUAAAGGUAAAGAGGAAGAAGAAGAAGAGAUGUUGGUAAGUGGAGAUCAGCAGUUUAUGGAGGAAGGUGGUCCUCUGUAUUCCCGGGAUCCCACCCAGGAAGAUCUCACCUUCCCCCACCAUGAUCCGAGUGGAGACUUCGGGGAUUAUAACAUUGUCGUUAAAGAAGAGUAUAAGGAGGAGGAUGAGGAGUACGGGAGAGAUUCUAAAGUUGAUGUUAAAGAAGAGAUCAAAGAGGAGGAGGAUGAUGAGGAUGUAGUGAUGGAGGAGUCGGAGCUUCCAAAAGAACACAAAGAUCUGUACCGGGAGAACAUGGAGGAGUCAUCUAUCUACAGGAACCCACCAGAGAGAUGUUUCCAUGAUGGGUGUUACCCUCCGCCCUAUUAUAACUCGGGAGAAUGGGCCAAAGCCCUAAAAGAGAUCUCUCCAUCCCCGGUUCCUGCUAGAGGAUGGGAGCCGUACGCUUCAGUGGCGGUGGAUUGUUCUAAGCUUCUAGACCUGAGUCCCGUUAUGGGUCUGAUGGUCCAUACGGGUGCACAGAACAUUCUGGGGAGGGUUCUGGGAAGCGGAUGCCGUCUCUUCGAAUCUCCCCGGGAAACCAUCCUAACGGGAGUCCACGGACGGGACGUCGGGAAGAUCUCAGAGGAACGUCUCGCGUUGUCUCCAGAAGAUGACGACACCACACAGUAUAGUCCAGGAGAAGACCAUAAAGUCCAUCAGGUGCCCCAUAGUGUGGAUGGACCAUUGUGUUCUUCUAAUCCUGAGGAACCUCAGACUGAGAGGGACGGUCUCGUCCUUCAAAAUAUGCUUUCCUGUACUGUGUGUGGGAAAGGUUUUGUCAAAAAAUCAGACUUGGAAAAACACCAGAUAUCUCACAGAGGGGAGAAGCCGUAUUCCUGUCAUGAGUGUGGGAAACGUUAUCCACAGAAAGCAGCACUGGUCAGACAUCUACGGUCUCACACAGGGGAGAAGCCGUAUUGCUGUACCGAGUGUGGGAAAUGUUACCCAAUGAAAUCAGCACUUAUCAGGCAUCGAAGAUCACACACAGGAGAAAAGCCGUAUUCUUGCCCAGAGUGUGGGAAGUGUUUUCUGUGGCAGUCCCAACUUGUCAGACAUCAGAUAAAUCAUACAGGCAAGAUGCCACAUUCCUGCCCCGAGUGCGGGAAAAGUUUCCCGAUGAAAUCGGCGCUUGUCAGACAUCAGACGUCGCACACUGGGGAGAAGCCGUGUUCCUGCCCUGAUUGCGGAAAAUGUUUCUCACGGAAAUCCUAUCUUUCCGCACAUCAGAGGUGUCACACAGGGGAGAAGCCGUUUUCCUGUCCUGAGUGUGGGAAGUGUUUUCUACGUAAACCAGAUCUCACUGCACAUCAGAGGACUCACACCGGGGAGAAGCCGUAUUUCUGCCCCGAAUGCGGGCAGUGUUUUCCGCUAAAAUCAACACUCGUUAGGCAUCAAAGAUCUCACACAGGCCAGAAACCAUAUUCCUGUCCUGAGUGCGGGAAACGUUUUUCACAGAACUCUCACCUUUCUGUACAUCAGAGAUGCCACUCAGGCAACAAGCCAUAUUCCUGCCUUGAGUGCGGGAAAAGUUAUCCUCGGAAAUCAGAACUUGUCACCCACGAAAGAACUCACACCGGGGAGAAGCCGUUUUCUUGCCCCGAGUGCGGAAAAAGCUACCCACUGAAAUCGACACUUGUCAGACAUCAAAGAUCUCACACGGGCAACAAGCCCUACCCCUGCCCCGAGUGUGGAAAAUGUUUUUUAGAGAAGUCUUAUCUUUCACUCGUCAGGCAUCAGAAAUCUCACAUAGGAGAGAAGCCGUAUUCCUGUAAUGUGUGCGGGAAAGGUUUUUCACAGAAGUCCUAUCUCUCUGUACAUCAGAUCUGCCACACGGGGGAGAAGCCGUUCUCCUGCCCCGACUGCGGGAAGUGUUAUCCACGGAAAUCGGAACUUGUCAGACAUCAGAGAUUUCACACGGGGGAGAAGCCCUAUACCUGUGAGGAGUGUGGGAAAGGUUUUUCGCGAAAGUCCUAUCUCUCUUUACAUCAGAUAUGCCACACUGGGGAGAAACCGCAUUCCUGCCCGGAGUGUGGGAAAUGUUAUCCACGGAAAGCGGAACUUAUCCUACAUGAAAGAUCUCACACGGGAGAGAAGCCGUAUGCCUGCCAUGAGUGCGAGAAACGUUUUGCCCGUAAACCACUUCUUGAUGCACAUCGGAGAUGUCACACGGGGGAGAAGCCGUUUUCCUGUCCUGAGUGCGGCAGAUGUUUUUCACAGAAGUCCCAUCUCAUUGGACAUCAAAUAUGCCACGUGGGCGAAAAGCCGUAUUCCUGUCCCGAGUGCGGUAAAUGUUUUCCAUGGAAAUCUCAACUUGUCAACCAUCAAAGAACUCACACAGGAGAGAAGCCGUUUUCUUGCCCCGAGUGCGGGAAAGGUUUUGUACGUAAACCACUUCUUGAUGCACAUCGGAGAUCUCACACGGGUGAGAAGCCGUUUUCCUGUCCCGAGUGUGACAAAUGUUUUUCACGGAAGUCCCAUCUUACUGGACAUCUAACAUGCCACACGGGCGUGAAGCCGUAUGCCUGCCUUGAGUGUGGGAAAUGUUACCUACGGAAAUCAGACCUUGUCAUACAUCAAAGAUCUCACACAGGAGAGAAGCCUUAUUCCUGCCCUGAGUGUGGGAAGUGUUUCGUGCGUAAACCACUUCUUGAUGCACAUCGGAGAUGUCACACUGGGGAGAAGCCGUUUACCUGUCCUGUGUGUGGGAAAAGUUUUUCCAGAAAGUCCCAUCUUACUGGACAUCAAAUAGGCCACACUGGACAAAAGCCGUAUUCCUGCCUGGAAUGUGAUAAAAGUUAUCUGCGGAAAUCUGACCUUAUUAUACAUCAAAGAUCUCACACAGGAGAGAAGCCGUACGCCUGCUCUGAGUGCGGGAAGUGUUUUGUACGAAAACCACUUCUUGAUGCACAUCGGAGGUGUCACACGGGGGAGAAACCGUAUUGUUGCCUUGUGUGCGGGAAGUGUUUCUCACAGAAGUCCCAUCUCAACACGCAUCUGAAAUCUCACGUGGGGGACAGGCCGUAUUCCUGCCCCGAGUGCGGGAAACUUUUUUCACAGAAGUCUUGUCUCGCCAAACAUCAGAGAACCCACGCGGCCGUUUAGGAGUUUUAUUGUCCUGAGUGCGGGAAAUGUCUUCUAUAUGAAUCAUCAGAGGUCUGACACUGGGAAGAAGCACACCUUGAUAUACACCUCAGAAAACACGUGGCUGAGCUCUCCUCCGAUCUUUAUC